GCCCAUCCCACUCGAUCGAUCCCCCCCACCCCAAAUUGCUCUGCGCCUUGCUUGCUUCCGGAGGCAUUUGGCGGUGAAUUCGGUGGCUUUUUUUUAACCUACCCCAAGCCUAUAUAGCCUGCAGGUAUGCACCCCUCGCCGAAGGUAUUGUGGUCCACACAAAGGAACUCGCUCCACUUUCCUAUUUGAGGUGACCUCCUUCUCAGCAUGCGACCGCUGGCCAGCCUGCCUUGUUGUCCAACGUGAAGAUCUCGCCUUUUGGAUUUCUGGCAGAAUGUUUUAGGGAUAUAAAGAUAGAUUCUGAAUUGAUAGGGACUAUGAUAUAUUCAACAUUUGGGUAUAUUACGCAUAUUCAAGGCAAGACAUUUGAUUUCUUGCGCCGGAACAUUAGCUAUAAUCGACAACCCACUCAAUGAAUGUUCUUUUUAUAUUCUUCUUCUCCAACGUUUUUUGAACUGCAGAGUCUAUAGCCUGCUACAGGAACUGGAAUAUUGCAUUUAUUGUGUGUGUAUGCUGUAGCCAUUUCCAACGUCAAGAUGCAGUUUCGGACAGUGUUGGAUGUAAAAGUCGUGGACGUGGAGAAGCGGCGCAAUCCAUCCAAACAUUACGUGUAUCUCAUCAACGUCACAUACUCUGACAACACCUCCCACAUAAUCUACAGGAGAUACAGCAAAUUCUUUGACCUUCAGAUGCAGAUUCUUGACAAGUUCCCAAUCGAGGGAGGGCAGAAAGAUCCCAAGAAGAGAAUCAUCCCAUUUCUCCCAGGUAAAAUCCUGUUCAGGCGGAGUCAUGUGCGUGAUGUGGCCAUGAAGAGGCUACGUUUCAUUGAUGACUACUGCAGGGCUCUGGUCCGUCUCCCUCCUCAGUUUUCUCAGAGUGAGGAGGUGCUGCGCUUCUUUGAGACCAAAGCUGAUGACCUCAACCCCCCGGCAGAGGACUAUGGAUCGUCCAAGCGCAAAUCAGGCAUUGACAGCUCGGACCCUAUGGUGCUGGAACAGUACAUGGUGGUGGCCAACUACGAGAGGCAGGAGAACUCUGAGAUCAGCCUGCAGGCUGGGGAGACGGUGGACGUGAUUGAGAAGAGCGAGAGCGGUUGGUGGUUCGUCAGUACAGCCGAGGAGCAGGGUUGGGUGCCGGCCACAUACCUGGACUCACAGAACGGCACUAGAGAUGACCUGGAACUUAGCACCGUCAGGACAGGAGAAGUUACUAAAAGACGCAAGGCUCACCUGAAGAGACUGGACCGCAGAUGGACCUUGGGGGGCAUAGUGAACCGCCAGCAGAGUCGAG